CUUAUUAAUAAAUAUGUUUGAAUGAACACUUGUUUUCAAUUUGACAAGGAGUCUUUAACUUGAAAGUUGGCAAUAUGACAAGAAUAGUAUUUUUCGUCGUCUUAGCAGUUUUUAUUUCUGUUCACGGAUCAGAGUUAUCUGGCCAACAACAAGAGAUGCACCAAAUUAGCUUCCCUUCUGAUAACUUCAACGCGGGAAAUGGUAUUGUACAACAUCGUGGACAUUUAAGUGGUGUUGAUUUUAGUCAAGGAACUCUCAACAAUGUGGGUAAAAGAGUAGACCAACCACAACAACUGAAACACAUUUCGCAACCUAGUGAUGACUCUACUGCACAAGAAAAGUUAUCACAGAAUCCUCGUUUAUCAGCUGGCGUUGAUUUUAGUCAAGAAACUCUAAAAACUGUGGUUGAUAAAAAGGACAAACAGAUUAUUGAUGAUGUUUCACCUACUCAUGAUGUAUCAAUUACACAGCAUGGUAUGACCGUGGCUUGGCCGACUACGGGAAAUGUCCAACCACGUGACCCAGUUCUUGACAAUCAUUUUAAAUUGAGUCAACCAGGACUGAGUUCAAUGCAGAUGAAAAAUGCAGCGAAUUAUGUUUUGGUUCCUAGGGAUUAUGUAUUGGACCCUGGAGCAGAUAUAAAUCCGUUCGGCUUUAAAGUUCGUUCGCUUGUCCAUUCAGCAAAACGAAACGUUGUCAAAGACUCAUCAACUCAAAUAAAAGACAUACCAAGUUCCAAUUUUCAAGACCAAGUUAUGGGCCAACAGCACCGUCUUAGUUUAUCUCCAUUUCUUAAUCAACAUCCGUCAACAAAUCAAAAAGUUGUCCAUGCAGUUGAAGACUUGCCAGCUCAACACAGAGACAUAAGUUCUAAGUUCCAAGACAAUGUUAUGGGCCAACAUACUCGUCUUAGUUUAUCAUCAUAUGGUAAUCAGCAUCCGUCAACUAAACUGAACAUUGUUCAUACAGAUCGAGACUCGUCACAUCAACACAAAGACAUAAGUUCUAAGUUCCAAGACAAUGUUAUGGGCCAACAGAAUCGUCUUAGUUUAUCAUCAUAUGGUAAUCAAAACCCGUCAACUAAACAAAAUGUUGUCAACUCAGUUCAAGACUUGCCAGUUCAACAAAAAGACGUAUUAAGUUCUAAUUAUCAAGACAAUGUUAUGGGCCACCAGGACCGUCUUAGCUUAUCACCAUUUCGUAACCAAUACUCGUCGACUAAACAUAACGUUGUCCAUCCAGUUCAAGACUCGCCAAUGCAUCAAAAAGACGUAUUUAACUCUAAUUUUCAAGACAAUGCUAUGAACCAACAGUAUCGUCUUCCUGUGUCGCCAUUUCGUAAACAACAAAAUUUAAAUAUGGAAACACUACUGCCAAACUUUAGAUCGUCCAAAUUUAGUUCUCACUUUCAGCCAAGUAAUACCGAAUCACGUAUGAUGCAAGAACCUAAUUCUGCCUUUCUACCAAUGGGUAACCAACAGAAAUUCCAAUUAAACGCACCAGUGGAACUUCAUAAUCUAAAAGAUAUACCAGCAUCUCAAGAUGCCGGAAUACAGAUGGUCGUUGAUGAGGCAUGGUCAAAUCAAAUCGGAAAACCGGCAGAGCCAUCAUUUAAAAGGAACAAUAUGUUUAACGAUAAACUAUCCAGGUUUAAUGGCUUGAGGGUAUUAAUCGCAGAACAGAACAAAGGAUCACAAUUUCACCCCCAACACAGAGGACGAAAAACAGUACAUAAAAAAAGACAAGCAGUCAGAAAAGUAAACCUUGCUAGUCACCGGGAAACUGUUAAUUUCGCCAAGUUAGCUCCUACUUUAGCAUCAAGCAGGAAUUCCCAAUCUAGAUCGGGCAAUUCACUACACGGAAAGUCGUUUACACCAACGGCAAACACAAAAAUGGCUUUAGCUUCCAACCGACAUAUAGAAGGAAACCAAUUUUCUAAAAACAGUGUACCAUCAAUGACCGGUAAUACAUUUGGAGGAAAAUCAAUACCGGCAAUGCAGAACAGAGGAUUUUUUCCGCAGCACGCACCGACAGUAGCCUCCAAUACGAAAGAGAUUACCCGAAAACGGUUACCACCAAUGUCAGAAAUUUUUGGUGGAGCUUCCUUGUAUAAACGUCGACCACAAGUCAUUAAAUUUUUCCAUAUGAAUCCAAAGACUCAAGAUCUAUUAAGUUUCAAAGGGUGAGAAAUGUAUAUAUUGAAAGAAAGACAACUGCGACAAUACUGUGAUAUCUUGAUGCGAAAAUCCAAAGACUAGACACUUUACUUUUACUUUUUAUUUUGUUUAUGCUAUAACCAUUGUAUAUAAACAUAUCAUUAUUUAUUUACAAAUAUAAAAUCUAUUACCAAGAA